GCAGCAACCCCGGCCUCAGCCGACGCGGCCUCCGGCCGCGGCACUGGAGCCACGUAGAGAAGACCCCGUUUCUUUCUCCCGCCCACUUGGCGACCGAUGGGGCGCAGGGCGGCCGCGGCAGCCCUGAUCGUUGCGCCGUGCUGGGCCGACGGCGGCGGCGAGGGCGCCGCGCUGCCCCCCGAGGAGUCCUGCGUGGACCACUGCGGCUCGUGGGCGGAGAGCUGCUGGUGCAACGAGAAAUGCGACCAGCAGGACAACUGGCUGUGGGGCUGCUGCGCCGACUACGCCGCCGUGUGUGGCGGCGGCGGGGGCGGCGGUGGGUCGUGCCCCCGCGUCGGCGGCAGGUGCGGCGACUACUCGUGCGACGAGUGGAUCCGGUGGAAGCCGUCGGAGUACACGUGCCAGAGCCUGGAGGAGCGGUGGGGCUGCGAUUGCACCGGCUGCAAGGAGUGCGGGGGCCCAGCGCCCAAGCCUGCGGGCACCGCGGCGCUGAGGCUGCUGCCGGAGAGCGACUACCCAGAGGCCAGGUGCCUGGACGGGAGCCAGGCGGCCGACGACCGCAUCGGGGCGCCCCCGCCCAGCACUCCGCCGCUGCCGCGGGCGAGAAGCAGAUCCGCAUCCGCGGCCACGCCGACUGGGCUUCGUGGCCCGUGGCCCCGCGCAUGCGCGGCGCGGCCUCGCGGCUGCCCCGCGCGGAGCGUGUCCGUGCCACCGCGCGUCCGCGGGGGCGCGCCCUGGGAUCGAGACCGCGAGGGCGGGCAUGCGGAUACGUGCGUUCUUCCCUCGUGAGCUGGCCGUUCGGGUCCGGGUUGGAAGGCCAGGGCCGCCCCGCAUGGUCGGCCUCGCGCAGAGGGCGGUAGGGGG